AUGUCUGUUACUGUACAGCCUUCAGCAUUGCUAGCACAGAAUUCUACAGUUGAGAAUAUCGAUGUAAACGACAGAGUCAAGGUGAAAGCUUUGCUCUCAAUCAUUCGUCGUGUCGAAGUCUUUUGUGAUCAAUUACAGCAAUGCUGCAGAGGACACACUGUAGGUGAUGGCUGCAGUCUUAGCCAUGUCUUGGACGCUUGCAGAAAUGCUUGCGCUGAGCUCCAUGUGGGCAAUGGCACGCGUUUGCAGAAACACGACAUGUCUGGCAUCAUAACGCUCUUCUAA